AACAUGGCGUCGUUCGCGGGAGACCGGUGGAGAGAUGCUCUGAAAAACCACGAUAUCUUCCAGAAAUUACAAGAAAGGCUUCAUUUGGAGCCUCAAGGGACUAGCAAAAGAAUAGCCAAGAACCUCACAUUCUGCCUGAAUGGCGACCUUUUCACCUGGGAUAGUGUUGAGAGUGUGUUUUACACCACAAACCUGCGACAGCUGAACUCCGAGGGCGACACAGACACUUCCAAAUAUCAGACGCUUCUGUGCAUCAACCCGCCGCUGUUUGAAGUGUGUCAGGUGCUUGUCAGCCCCACACAGUAUCACGUGGCUCUCAUCGGUCAGCGUGGUGCGACUAUACUUGAAUUGCCACAGCGCUGGGGCAAGAAAUCCGAAUUUGAGGGUGGACGCCUUCAGAUAAACUGCAAGACGAAUCCUGUAGCUGAGCGCUUCUUCACCAGUUCUGCCUCUGUGACACUCCGACAGGCUGCCUGGUAUCCUAGUGAAACUGAAGAGCCCCAUCUAGUCUUACUGACCUCAGACAACACCAUCAGAUUUUAUAAUCUUAAAGAGCCACAGUCCCCUGCAAAAGUUUUGUCAGUGUCUCAGGUAGACGAGGACAACAGUGUCCACACAAGAGGGCGUUCCUAUGCUGCCUCUCUGGGUGAGACUGCUGUGGCUUUUGACUUUGGCCCACUGGCAGAUUCUCCUCGUCAGCGUAUGAAAGAAGAGCUGCUGGUGUACCCACUAUACAUCCUGUACGGGAAUGGAGAGACGUAUCUGAGCUAUAUUUCUCUCACACACAGUGUCAGUAAUCUAGGGAAACCCAUGGGCCCCUUGCCAAUGUACCCUGCAGCAGAGGAUAACUAUGGCUAUGAUGCAUGUGCUGUGCUCUGCCUGUCGUGUGUGCCCAACAUCCUGGUUAUUGCCACUGAAACAGGAACACUGUACCAUUGUGUAGUGCUGGAGGCGGAGGAAGAGGAGGACAGCGGAGCUGUAGAGAGGUGGUCCAGAGGCUCUGAAACGGUGCCUUCACUCUACGUGUUUGAGUGUGUGGAACUAGAACUUACCCUCAAACUGGCUGCUGCUGGGGAGGACGAGGAGAUAACAGAGUCAGACUUCACCUGUCCAAUCAGAUUACACAGAGACCCUCUGUGUCAGCACAGGUAUCACUGCACCCAUGAGGCUGGUGUGCACAGUGUAGGACUCACCUGGUUCAAAAAACUGCACAAUUUUCUGGAGUCUGAUGAAGAGGAUAAAGACAGUCUGCAGGAACUGGCGGCAGAACAGCGUUGCAUAGUGGAACACAUCCUGUGCACCAGACCUCUCACUAACAGUUUGCCGGCUCCCAUUCGUGGGUUUUGGAUCGUGUCAGACCUGUCCCUGGGAGCCACCAUGAUCUGCAUCACUAGUACAUACGAGUGUCUGCUGCUGCCUCUGCUAAGUUCUAUUCGUCCCCCAUCACCUCCUUUGCUCUGCUCUGCUCCGGGGGCGGGGCCAGGCAGCUCUCCUCUUCGCGGAUUGGCUGAAGACUCCUUUGAGCAGCAUAUUCGCAACAUUCUGGCACGUAGCUCGACCAACCCGCUAAUGCUGAGGGCUGGAGAUAAAGACUCGUCUCCUCCUCCUGCAGAGUGUCUGCAGCUGCUCAGCAGAGCCACACAGGUGUUUCGAGAGGAGUACAUCCUCAAACUGGGCCUGGCACAUGAAGAGAUGCAGAGAAGAGUUAAGCUCCUGACCGGACAGAAAAACAAACAGCUGGAGGAUCUUGCUCUGUGCAGAGAGGAUAGGAAAAGCCUGAGGGAGGCCGCAGAGCGACUGGCUGAUAAGUACGAAGAUGCCAAGUAUCGUCAGGAGGCCAUCAUGAACAGAGUAAAACAGGUUUUGGGAAGUCUGCGCAGUCAACUUCCUGUGCUGUCAGACAGUGAGAAGGACAUGAGGAAGGAACUGCAAACCAUUCACGACCAGCUCCGUCACCUAGACAAUGGCAUUAAACAGGUGAACAUGAAGAAAGAGUAUCAGAAGCAGCAAAUGAGUACAGGAGCAUCUCAAGCUCGCUCCAGCCUCGCACUCAACGCCCACCAGAGGACGUGUGUCCAGGGAGUCCUGAAAGAACAGGGGGAACACAUCGCUGGCAUGAUGAAACAGAUCAAGGACAUCAAGAACCAUUUCAGUUUCUGAGCAACAGCAAUCAACAGUCCUCAAAGGCCAAACCAGUUAUAUUCUUGUUUAAUAGCACGUCGCCAAAUCUUGCACCUCAGAGUUGAGUUUCACCCAAACCUCCCAGAUUCUAAAGGUCUUUAUAAAAGGACAUUUAGUUGACUUUGUAUAAACUAUUUUGUGGUACAUAUAGUCAACACCCUGACAAUAAAGUGUUUUGAACAUUGAAUUGUGACUGUUUCCUGUAUGUGUGUUGCUAUGGGAAUUUAUCAGCUCUGAGACAGAAGUGUUGGACACUAGUGUUAGUCAUUUCCUGAACUGAGACAAUGGCUUAUCUGAAGAAGUUAUGUGUAUGAAGACUUUACUCUCUGUUCUCUCUUCUUCCUGUCCACUCACAAGAUGGAAUGUGAAAGAGAUAUUCAUGUCACAUGUGCAUGUAUUGUAGUGGGGGGAAAAGGGUGUACUGUAUAUGCCUUUAAGAUGAGUUCAUUACAAGUUGAGCCUCAACAGUAUUGGAGACUUGCUGUUGAUUACUACAGAACAUAAUUUUGACUCGUCCUUCAGUUUGUAAAAACGUGGAAAGAUUGUUUAUUGUAAUGCGCUUAUAAUUCUAUGGGGCAAGGCACUGCAUUGGAAUAAACGUCAGCCACAAGACAUAAAAAAAAUAUAAACGUUAUCAUGCAACUAGAGUUUGAUCAAAUUCACAAAAUACAUGCAAGGAUACCAAAAAGGAACUGUUUACAUUAAAGUUAAUCGACUUAGAACUGUAAUCCUGCCGCUAAAAGUACGUUUUGGACAACUGUACAGAUUUUUUGUAGAAUUAAUAUAAUAUAAUUAUAUAAUAUUAAUAUAAUCACUUUAGCAAAACAGAAGCUGCAUGGUGCUGCGACCCUCUGGACUGCUUUGCCACAAUUUUAAAAAAAAAUGUGCUAUGAUAAAUCAUAAUUAUGAGCUUCAAAGACAUUUGUGUCACUUUCUAAUCACAUAAUUGACUUACUAA